CUCUUUCCUACUGCAGUGUACUGCCACUGCAGCAUGGUCCAGUUCUCCUCUUGCAAAAGCCGGUGGGCAGCGUGUCAGUGACUACACGUAUCGUAUGCUACAUGAAUGAGGGGGCUGCUGUGCUGGUACUAGUGCAGAUAGGUAGGGAUUGGUGCCGAAUCCAAUCCAUCACUCACUCAAUAAUCAUCUCGCAGGAGAGCUACUCUGGUCCAGUCUCUCUCGAGUCACAAGAAGAAGAAGAAGAAGAGGAGAAGAACAUCUGCAUCUGCAUCGGCAUCGCGUGCGCGUGGCGCACCAGCAAGUCCCUCCCAACACACCAAGCCAAACCCAAGAAGCGGCAGCAGAAAGGCAAACACGAAAAGGAAGCCAAGGGAAGGAGCGAAAAGCCCACGCUACCUUCCAAUCCCCCUUUCUCCCCCUCCUCUCGCCGGUGGCCGCCCGGCAUUGCGCGACGAAGUUGAGGGGGUGUAUGAUGAUGCGGCGCGUGGCGUCGACGCCGGUGCCCGACUGGCUGGAGACCCUCCUCUCCACGCGCUUCUUCCUCGCCUGCGCCGCCCACCCGGCCUCCCCACGCAACGAGUGCAACAUGUUCUGCCUCGACUGCCGCGGCGCGCCCCCGCCCGCCUUCUGCUACUACUGCCGCGCCCACCGACACGCCGCCCACCGAGUCAUCCAGAUACGGCGGUCCUCCUACCACGACGUGGUGCGCGUGUCCGAGGUGGAGGACGUCCUCGACAUCACCGGCGUCCAGACCUACGUCAUCAACAGCGCCAGGGUCCUCUUCCUCAACGAGCGCCCCCAGCCGCGCGGCGCCGGCGCGGCAGCGGGCAAGGCCGCGGCGUCCCCCUACAAUUGCGAGAUCUGCAGCCGCGCGCUGCUCGACCCAUUCCGCUUCUGCUCCCUCGGGUGCAAGUUGGUGGACACAAAGAGGAGCACCGGCCACGCGGCGGCCACCGGAGGCAGCGUCGGCGAUGCAGGCGGCGCCAAUGAGGAGGCGGCGGCGGCCGGCGGGAGCAAGAACGGGGCUCGGCCGCAGGGCCGGCGGCGGAAGGGGAUCCCCCACCGCGCGCCCUUCUGGUCCUGACCAGUGACCACCACCAAUGGCAUUCCAUUAUUUUAUCGAUCAAUGGCGUCCAGCGUUAGCAUCGUCAAGGCCGGCAUUGCCAGCAGUGGAAGGGAAAUGAACGGAGGGGAGCACCGCACGCAAGAAGAAUAGGAAUUGGACGGACGCUUCUUCCUCCCUUCCUGCCGGCUUCAGUUGUACUUACUUACCAAAAGAAAGAAACAACAAAGAAAAGAAAAGAUACUGGCCAACUAGAAAGAAAGAAAGAAAGAAAGAAAGAAAUGAAGAUAGAAAAGCAAGCUCGGCACCGCGCCAACCACCGCGCGCGCUGGACUGCAGUAAGCAACAUGUCUGGCCCCAUCUCUCUCUCCUAAUCUCUUCUGUCUCACACCAUGACCAUACCGACAUUUGGUAGGAGGUGUAGGAUGAACUCCCAGUCAUAGAUAAAUUUUAAUUAGGAUAAAAAAUGAAUUCUUUUACAUCGAUCGGUUGGUAUAAUAGUGAGCAUUAUUGAUCUUUACAUUGGUUGAUGAGUAUUAUUGCACUGUUCUGCUUCCUCGUUACGCAUUGCAUUGUGGUAUUUUACUGCUCCGAUCCUUGGGGAGGAUAUAUGUGAAUUCUUGAAAAUGAUGAUGACAAAAGAAGGUCGCCCAUAUAUCAUAUGGGAAAACCAAAGGAAAGGGAAACGAAUGAUUGUCUUUUUGCUUGUCUGGUGCCUGCCCGGUUUCUAACAACUACUCUACUCACUAGUGGCAGGUAGUUCGUCCGAGCUGGCUAAUGGCGCGGCUGCUCCUUUGUUAAAUAAAUUCUGUAUGCAACGCUGUCUGUGUGUCGGUCUGCCAGUCGUUGAUGCCCAAGCUAGCCUUGUUUUGAUUGCCCCCUCCCUCGUUUUGGAGCGAAUGUAAUGUGCCUUUCUGGCUGCAUGGAUGAGCCGAGGAAUUAGGAAUGCCGCAUUAUUGCAUUGGUUCGUUCGGGACGGCAGUAUUCAUUUGUUUGUUUCUCUUCUGAUAAAUCAAAUCGAAUCAAAAU